AUGUUGCCCGAUCUAUCUCCACAUUUGCACACUUCAGAAUGCAAUUUGUUAAUUCAGCUGCUCAAAAAUUGUUGGAACGAGAAUAAAAUCAGUAAGUGUUAAUUGGUUAAUGUAAUUUAAUAUUUAGAAAAGUAUAUUGGUGAAUGCAAUUAUUGGGACGAAGCUGUUUGGCAAUGCACGAAGCAAGAAAGAAUCUAUAGGAGGUAUGUGUACUGUUUUCAAGUGUAUCUGGGGUUUGAAUUAAAAAUUUAAAAGUUAAUUUGUUUCAGAGACACAAAUCCGAAAUAUGGAAAGCGAUUAGUAGAGAACAAGCGGUUGCCUGAGAGUUAUUACACGCCAGCUCUCAAGAAGCUCAAGGAACAAGGAGUUCUUCUUCUAGAUACUGAAUCUACUGGUUGUAAAAUCUAA